AUGGAGUGGGUUCUGGGCAUGACGAAGGAUGAAAACUUCCUGAUGCCUCAUCAGCUUUGCCAGCCUUUGAUUGCCAUUCAAUCAGCUCACAAUGGACGCUACUUGCAAGUUUACACGAAUGGAGACUGUAUCUUUGACAGUAAAGAACCUGGCGACUACGAGCUUUUUACCAUAGAGACAGACUUAAACUGUGCUCUGUACUUUGUGUCGUGUCGCACGGGAAAUGUCCUUCAGUGCAAUAGCAGAUCCCAUGUCAGGUGUGAAAACCAAAAUCGUCUUGGCUGGGAGGCCUGGAAAAUUGUGGAGCCAUGCACAAAUACCAUUACCGCCCAUGUGCAGCCAAAAAAGAGCUAUGGUAACGAUCUAAAUGGUGAAGACCGCCGAGAAUUUGUGUUGAAACUCGCGAUGAGCGGAAAGACACCGACAGAGAUCAAGGAGAUCUUAACGCAAUUGUUUGACGUACUCGUGACGGUUGUGUGGACAAGGCACCGCGAAAAAUUUGAGCUAUUUGCCCGAAUCAACAACUUAAGCGAUUGCCAACAGUAUUGUCCUAUGGGUUUCUCUCAGUUCUCUGAUCGUGCACAUAACAGUUAA